AUGUAUCUCAAUGCAAAUACACGUAUCAGUGGUGACAUUAGUCGCAGUGUUUGUGCAUUUUUUCGUGUCAGUAACUUAAAUGUUGACAAUAUCAUCGUAGAUAUCGGCUCAGCCAAAUCAUCAGGGGUUGGGGGAUGUAAUAGACAUUUUGCAUUAGGUAUUGCUAAUGCGACGCAUAUUAAUCUGUUUGGAAUGUGCUCUAUGUUUGAUAAUGUUCUCAUCUUCGUUGGACCAGACACACUCUACGACGGUGCUUUUCAUCAAAUAUGUAUAACGUAUAAUUCUACGAAUAGAAAAUUAUGCGCUUAUCGAGACUAUCAACAACCAACAUGUAUCACUCGGAAUAACAUGUCUUACAAUACUGCUCUAGGAAAUGUACGAAUAGGCUGGUGGCCAGAUGGUAAUCACCAAUUUGUUGCGUCUGGGGAUGGAUUGAUUCGAUCAGUAUCGUUAUUUGACAGUGAAAUUUCACAGGAUUGUGUCAUUCAAGAAUUCAAUAGAGCAUUAGCAAUGAAUACGACAACAAACAUAACAGUUUGGUCAAACACCACUGAAUCUAACACUUGCAACUACCAUGGAAGGUGGCACAUGGGAGAAUGUGUUUGUGAAAUAAAAUUUGAUGGUCAAAAUUGUUCUAUGUGCGAUCUAGGAUACUUUAACUAUCCCAAUUGUUAUCCGUGUAGUGAGUGUGAAUCUCAUAAUGGAACCUGUGAUUAUGAAAACGAUACUUGUAUUUGCGAAGAUUACAUCCGUUUCACGGGUCUAUUCUGUACAGAAUGUCAGCCUGGCUAUUAUGGACCACAAUGCACAAAUAGUACACAGUUAUUAUUUCUGCAACCUACAAACGUGAGUGAUGUUUCAGCGCGAGAUGGUAUCGAUAUUAAACUGAUUGGUGCUUACUUCUACUUUUCUUCACUUACUAAUGUUUUAUGUCUGUUUCAAUCAUCUGUAACGUGGACUGUUGUAGCAAGUAGUGCAAAUGUUUCAACGAUAGUAUGUGCACUAUCGAAUUACACAGAAUAUGAAGAUGUCUACGUCUCACUCUCACUCGAUAAUGGCACUACAUGGGUUAACAAAUCAUACGAUUCGUGGAACUAUUCUAUUUCGAUCCAUAUCAGCUGUCCAGCCAAUGGCUCAUGCCUUCGUGGAGAAUGCCGUUUGGGUAGUUGUGAAUGCCCAACAGGUUAUACUGGAUACCUUUGUGAUCAAUGUGACAUUGGUUAUUUCUUUAUUAUUUCAACUUUGUAUAGCUGGCUUCGUGAAUGUGUACCGUGCUCAUUGUAUUGUCAAAAUAAUGGAACCUGUGCCAAUUCAACAUGUAUUUGUCAACAUGGUUUUACUGAUCAAAUGUGUGAUAAAUGUCAAGAAAAUCGAUUUGGAUCGCUCUGUUUACCAUAUCCAAUAAUUCAAUCAAUCGAUCCACCCUCGAUCAAUGACAUUGGUGGCACAAAUUUAACACUUUAUGGUUUAAAUUUUAAUUCAAGUGAAUACAUAGGUCUCCGAUCUUACGAAUCAUCUGGUUUAUUAAAUAUAACUAGAGCAGUGGCUUCGUUGCAAAAUUAUACUUUUACUCUUUUGGUAUCCAAUAGUUUGGCAGCAACAAAUGUGACGUUGAUUAUUGAAGUUCCACCUUCAUAUACUGCAACAGUAUCUUGGAAAAAGUCUCAUCAGUAUCUUUCAGCUGGUACAAGUCAAAUACUGGAAUAUUCUGGUAAUUCAACGAUGCCAUACGUGCCAAUAUUGAUUUGGAUAGAAAAUACUACGUCUAUUCAACUAAAUUCUGAUAGUCAAGGCCAUUUUAGUGGAUUCUAUUUACUUUCGAGUCGCUCGUUUGGAGGUCAAUUGCACAUUGCUGCUUCACAUCCAGCUACAACUUCACCACCAGCAUCGCAAGAUAUUAUAUUUAUUGUCUACCUUCGACUGUCAUUGUCUCAGUGGAUUUAUCGAUUCUAUGCAGGAUAUUCAACUAACUUGACUGACUUUGCUACUAUUCGUAAUGUGGGUGAUUUCGACAUGAACAAUCUUACUAUCAAUUUGAUACACAACACACCAUGCAUUCAAGAGUACUCGACGUGGCCAUCAUCUAUAUCUGUUCUACCAGCAUUUUCAACUACAACAGUCUCAUUGUCGAUAUUGCUCAAUUGUUCACUGACAUAUGAAUACAUGAGCUUUUCUAUAAAUGAAUCUCGAUCAUCUUCGUUAACGUCGUCGGGUUUUAUCAUCACUAGUCAAUGGAGCUGUCGAGCUCGAAAUGGCUGCAAUAGUCAUGGAUCAUGUGUCGAUAACGAAACAUGUUCUUGCACGAAUUCAUACUCUGGUGACUCAUGCCAACAAUGUGCAUCGAAUCGAUUCGCAUAUCCUACUUGUAUCACUUGUCCUGUAUGUGUACGAGGCCAAGCCAUAUGCAACAAUUCACAUGCUUUCUGUGAUUGCAUUGACAACACUCGUAUCUACGGUUCAUUGUGUCAAUAUUGUCAAGAAGGCUAUUAUGGUGACAAUUGUACGAAAAUUCCCAUCAUUUUAUCAUUGUCACCUACAUCGGGUCUUGAAUUAGAAAAUGAAACACGUGUCACACUCUAUGGUGACAACUUUCAAAAUGUCUCAUCAUUUUGUUUAAUCACUGAUCAAAAUGGAACAACAUCGAUUCCAGCUACCUUCAUUAGUUCUACACAGAUGGUAUGUACGUUUCCGUCUCAUCCGGCUGAGUUAGUUCAAGUACAGCUACGUUUGAACAACUUCAUCGUUUCUGAGAUGACUACAUUAUUCUAUCAAUAUUUGCUGAGUUGCCCAUUAACUGGAUGCAACCAUGGAUAUUGUGUGCUUGGCACUUGUCGAUGUCAAUAUCCGUAUUUCGGUGUGAAUUGCUCUUUACUUCCGAUUCCACCCAUUCUGACAACAAUACCAGACGUAACUUUAAUUGAAAUGUCAUCAUUUAGUCUUAAUCUUUCUAAAUAUCUAACUCAAGGUGAUGCACCUCUUGAUUGGUAUCUUAGUGGAACUAUCAUUCCAGACCUAUCUAUCGAUUCAUAUUCUGGACUAUUGGCAUGGCCAUUAGCAGUUGCUUCAUUCACUCCUUAUAAUAUAACAGUGAAUGUUCAUCAAAGUUCGACUGAUGUGAUUAUUCAACAAAGUUUUGCUAUUAAUGUGGACCUAGGCUACAAUGUUACUGUUCGAUUUCAAAACUCACAGCAAAUUCUGACAAAAAAACCUAUAUUGGGAAUCAACGGGCAGAUUGUCAAUAACUCAAUUGGUCUUAACAAUCGAAUAGUGAAAGUAUGGGUCCGUAUAAAUAAUAUUCGGCGAUAUCUUCCUACAAUCACUGUUGUGGGGCAAUCAAAUCAAUUUACAGCUUAUUACACUCCGCUGACAAAAGAAUACGGAACAGUCUUUCUAGGUGCCGAACAUCCAGCUGAUUCGUCGAGCAAUGAACCUCAAGAUUAUCUUACAUUACUAGGUUUGAAUGUGCAAAGACUCAGUACUGGUACAUUGAAUAUCAUAGCGGGAGAAAAUUUCACAAAUACAUUAGCGUCGGUUGUCCUACUUUCGAAUCCAUGCAACUAUCCUAUCGAAAAUUUGACAUUAUCACUGGUCAGUCUUUUGACAGCUGUAUCAUUCUUCAACAUAUCAUCACGUAACUGUAGUCUAAACCGUCUUUCUCCUUCGACUGCUUGCUCUAUCGAUCUCACUAUCCGAUUCAAUGUAAGCGGUUCUGGUACUCUCGUGUUUGCAUGGACUGCUAAUGAUAUACAGCCAGUGACUCUUUCACUUCCAAUCAAUGUAAUGUUUGAAAGAGCUGAAUUCAAGUUAACUCCAUCCUCGUCAAGUUUUAUUCUGCCUCGCAAAUCUCAAGACACCUUAACUAUCACCAUAUACAAUACGGGAUCUCGUCGUCUUGGACCUUUAACAGUUCUUCUACCGGAUCAAGCAUAUAUCUCAGUGCUAACCUCGAAUAUUUCUACAUUGAUUGAAUCAGCAAAUGCUAGCUUCACUUUAGGAAUUCUAAUUCCUGAUUCUGCACCAUUGAGUACAUUUACUAUUCGAGGUUUCAUUGUUGAUCGCACUAAUUCUCUUUCUCAAGCAUUUCAAAUUCAGCUUACAAUUGUUGGAAGUAAUGAUACUUUGUUCGAUCUGAACAUUUUGUGUCAAGAUGAGUUUUCCUACUUCGGCAGUAAUACAACCAAUCUUGCUAAUGUAACAAUCACGAUAACGAAUAGCCAACUCAAUAUCAAACAUUUUCUUCGAAGUAAUGAAACAGGACAAGUAUCAGUAUCACUUGUGCCUGGUAUCUACGAAAUAACAGCUCAAGCUUUAAAACACUCAAGUUAUCGUGGCGUAAUCAAAAUCGAUCGAGCAACAGCAACAUCUAAUACGUUAGUUAUCAUUCUUCAACGCAUUCUUGUUUCAUAUGUAUUCAAAGUCAGCAAAGUCUCGAUAGACCAAACAUAUACCAUAACUAUGGACACUCAGUUUGUGACAUACGUUCCAGCUCCUGUAUUAGUGAUUUCACCAGCUAUGAUAGAUCUUGAUGAAUUGGAAGCGAAUGAAAAUAUUAAACAGAUCGACUUUACGUUCACCAACUAUGGUCUUAUUCGACUUUCAGAUAUCCGAUUGACAUUACCUGAUGAACAUCCCUACCUAAGAUUCAAUAUUCGACAAUUGCCGAUUGGUGAUAUUGAAGGAAACUCUUCUAUUAUUGUUGCUGUCGAUGUUUACCGUAUUAACAUGACUCGAAGAAAGCGUGCUUCACGAAUUGCUUCAAUGUUCGGAUCUUUCAUUGCUACCUAUUUUUGUGGCGGAAAACGUACAGUCGGAGCAUCAUUGCCAGCUUUUAUCAGCAAAUAUUUUCCACCUAUUAGCAUACCUGAGCCGAGUUCUAGUGGUAGCGUAAGUUGGAGUAGUGUUAGUAACAGUGUCAUCGGUGGAGGUACUGGCGGUAGCGGUGGUGGCGCUGGUGGCACUGGCGGUUUCAGUAGUGGCGGUGGUGGUGGUGGCGGCGGUGGCGACAGCAGCAGUAGUGGCAUUGGUACCGGCAUUGAUGGUGAUGAUAGUUACAGUGAUAGCAGUGAUGCUUUUAGUACUGAUCUAUCUCAGGCUAUGGAAACUUUUGGGUCAAUAAUAGAGACAUUAUUCAAUCCAAUUUUGUCGAGUUCUACAACAUGCGAGAGUUGUCUGGAUACUUUCGUUGGAAUUGCAGUCGACUUGCUAAAAAAAAUUCCGGUUGUUGGCUCUCUUAUUAAUAAACUCGAUAAGUGUCUGGAUUUUAUAAUGAAUACGAUGAAAAAUACAAUAGAUUUGAUUGAUGGUACAGUUGAAGCUAGUAUAUGGAAUAUUAUGAAAACUAUAGGAACUGCAUUUCUUGAUGGGUUGGAAUGUUUGCUAGCCGGAAAUCCAGAAUUAGGUAAAUUGUUGGCAAUAAUUUCAAAACAUUCUCGCGAGACCAAAGAGAAACCAAAUUGGAUAAACUGCUUAGCAUUAUGGCUUAUACCAGAAAUGACCCACAACAGUAGUUCAUGGAACGAGAAUGUGGAUCCUGCGUUAGUACGACUCAAUUUUAUUGUUGAAGCGAUGACUGGUUAUCGAGAGAUGAUCAGUCUUAUCUACGGCGAUUCGGCUUGGUUUGAUAUAAACUGUGUUGAUCGAUCUUGGGAAGACGCACUGACUAGAGCGCAAGAACCAACCAGUGAUUUGAACUAUUUCAUUAGUGCUCAAGAAUACAAUGAACUCAUACUACUUCCACACCGAUGUGCGAAUCAGAGUCUAGUAAGCGAUCGUCUUCUCUAUUACAAUCGAACAAUAUAUUCGUAUUCGGUGAAUAUAACUGAACCGAGUAGUUUAAAUGGCACACCUUUCCUAUUUAUGAGUCUAUCAACAUUUGUAAAUCGAAGUUCUCAAUACGUGAGAGAUUUAAAUUAUUCUCGAUCACUGGGAUAUUCAAAUUUAUUUCAUGCAUAUGUUGACAUUUUUCAACAAUACUAUGAUGCAAAUAAAGAUUCACCAGUAGGCAUAUGUGCGAUAGUUACUAUCCGCAUUGUUCAGAAUGUAACGAUUGCUCGGCAAGGAUUUGCUGCUGAACUAGCGAUCGACAAUAGCGGAGCAGAUGUCUUGUAUGAUAUUCAAGUCAUUUUGGAUAUUCAAACAGAAAACCAAUCCAAUGCAAAUGACAGAUUAAGUCUUGGUCAAGCAGUGGUUAC